UGUGCUUGGAUGGUUUUGAGACGGAAAAGCCAUAAUUGCAUUGAACUCUAGCGGCACAACUUACUUCGUCAUUCUUUCCUCCUUGUCACGUAGAUGUCAGAAGGGGGAUCAGAUGCUUAUUAUGAUGACCGUAGAGAAAGAAAAUCAGACUUUGAGAAUUCUGAGGAUGAAACACGGAGAUUCAGAAUUGGUGCUUUCAGGAAAAAGGCAAUCAAUGCUUCCAACAAGUUCACUCGCUCCCUCAAAAAAAGAGGAAAAAAGAAAGUUGAUUACAGGUUUCCUUCGGUUUUGAUAGAGGAUGUCCAUGAUGAAAAGGAAGAAAAUGUUGUCUAUGAAUUGCAUCAACAACUUCUUGACAGGAAUUUGUUGCCACCCAUACAUGAUGACUACCAUACCUUGUUGAGAUUCUUAAAGGCAAGAGAUUUCAACAUUGAGAAAACUAUUCAGAUGUGGCAAGAAAUGCUUAACUGGAGGAAGGAGUAUGGAACAGACACAAUAUUGGAGGAUUUUCACUUUGAAGAGCUGGAAGAAGUCCUGCAGUAUUACCCCCAAGGAUAUCAUGGAGUUGACAGGGACGGAAGGCCUGUGUAUAUUGAAAGGCUUGGACAAGCUCACCCGAACAAAUUAAUGCGAAUCACCACAAUUGAUCGCUACAUGAAAUAUCAUGUCCAAGAGUUUGAAAGGGCCCUACAUGAGAAAUUCCCUGCAUGUUCUAUUGCAGCAAAGAAAAGGAUCUACUCAACAACCACAAUUUUGGAUGUGCAAGGCCUUGGAGUUAAAAACUUCACCAGGACAGCUGCUACUCUUUUGGCAGCCAUGGCAAAAGUUGAUAACAACUAUUUUCCUGAGACAUUACAACAGAUGUUCAUUGUCAAUGCUGGCCCUGGCUUCCAAAAGAUACUUUGGCCUGCAGCACAGAAAUUUCUGGAUGCAAAGACUAUUGGCAAAAUACAGGUUCUGGAACCUAAAUCUUUGGGUAAACUGCUUGAAGCGAUUGACCCUAGUCAGUUACCUGACUUUCUGGGUGGCUCUUGUACCUGUUCUGUUGAGUGUCGCUGCCUCAGGUCCAACAAGGGUCCAUGGAGUGAUCCUGAAAUAAUGAAGCUUGUACAUGAUUUAGAGGCAAAAACUGUGAAGCCAAUAUCUGGAAUAUCCAGAGAUCUAAGGAGAAUUGAUUCCUCUAAACAGAUACGCCCACUAAAGGGAAGAAUUAAUGAGACAUCAACAGCUGAAUCAGUAUCAGAUGUUCAUGACCCAUGUUCUCCAAUUAGACGAAGUAGCAGUUCAAUUCCACAGCUGUCCCUACUUGAUGAGGAAGCAAGGGAAUCGAAUUCUACCCCCUACUGUAGUUGUGAUGAGCAAUUCAGCACAGGUGAACUAGUUGAUGUUAAUAAGCAUGUCUCCCUAUGUUGCCCAGAGCCUCCAGAAUGCAAUCUGACAAAUUUGUCCACCAAUGCACGACCAACUUCUGAAGGUACAUUGGUGAUUCAUUGGUUUGAAACGAUCCAGAAAAAGGUUUUGAGCAGAUGUAUGCAGUGCUUGGAAAGGAAACUGGUUCCUUUCAUACUCAAACUCUCUGGACUGAUUCGUGGUGUGUUCUUUGAGUAUUGGAGGAAACAGGCAAAUGCUUCCCGUACUAGUGCAUUAGAAGAAAGACAAGAAAGCAGUUCUUCUGCUUAUGGUGAAGUUGUUCAUAAAUCAGAUGAGGCCCUCCCGUGCAUGGAGCGUCUUCAUAAACUGGAAAUGUUGUUUGAAGAAAUAAAGAGAAAACCUGCUGAGAUCCCAGCAGAGAAGGACCAAAUGAUCCAGCAAUCAAUGGAAAGGAUCAAAUCAGUGGAGGUGGACCUCGACAAGACAAAAAGGGUGUUGCAUACUGCAGUGGUGAAACAACUCGAAAUUGCAGAAUUGUUGGAGAACCUAAAACAAACAAGUAAUCAUCGGGGGAGGUUAUUAUGUUGAAUAUACGAGAGGGUUGAUGCAACGUGAGUUUUGACUGCUAACCGUUCUGCGAGGGCAGUAGAUGUUAGAGUUUCUGCACUUUUGGUACUUCUAAUCCUUUUAUUCAGAACUCACAGAAAUGCUUCUUUCAAGAUGUUCAUUAUACUAAUAAUGUGUCAAAAAGGAAAAGCCUAAAGGAAACAGCUUCAAAUUUCAUGCAAUAAAUGUGCCUUUACAAAUUGCCAGUGUGAAGAAUCGGCUACGUGCUGAUGUUUUCCAGGAAGAACGUCUUGGCAUGUGUUGAGUAGUUCUUUCGAGUUAAUAGUCAAAAACACAUUUAAACUAUGAGUUUUUCGCGAGUUUCACACCCAAUAAUUAGAUAUUUCCUUUUCAUACCUGAA